GAACAGAGCGUUGAGUUAAUCAUUUACCAGACCACCUUAAACUCGCUCCGGAAUGCGCGUUCCCGCGUGCGUUGCGCGAGGAGCUGUCGGCAGUGAGAUCAUGUGAGAGCCCACGCUUGGAGAAAGUAGGUUAGCAGGGUAGACUGAGAGGAAGACAGGCGGAGAGUCACAGCUCAGUGGGGGGGUCCGAACGCCGCUCCUUCAUCUGUGGGACUAAUCUGUCAAAAAAAAAGAAGAAGUCUAGUCCGUUCGGCAGUGCUCAGAGAGGUCUACGAUGCGAACCCAAGCGACUUUUUUCACUCUUUUAUUUUGCUCGGACUUGAUCGAGCGAUAAAUAAGAAGAGUUUCGACUGUUUGUUUGUUUGUUUUCCCUUUUUUGGGCCGUGCUUGACGAAGCUGAUUGCAGCCGGGACGAAGUUAAUAUUUGCAGAGCCAGUUUGCUCUGGCUCCACCGCUUUUACGCACGUCUUUCCCGUUGGCUACGCUCACCCUAAUGUAGUCGAAGCUUCUUCGUCUUACCAAGAAUACAUUUUUAAAAAGUCAAAAUGAGAGCUCAGAUCGAGGUCAUCCCCUGUAAGAUCUGUGGGGACAAGUCCUCAGGAAUUCACUAUGGCGUCAUUACCUGCGAGGGCUGCAAGGGUUUCUUCCGUCGCAGCCAGCAGAACAAUGCCAUGUACUCUUGUUCCCGCCAGAGGAACUGUCUGAUUGACCGAACUAACCGCAACCGCUGCCAGCACUGCCGUCUGCAGAAGUGUCUGGCUUUGGGCAUGAGCCGAGAUGCUGUGAAGUUUGGACGUAUGUCAAAGAAGCAGCGUGACAGCCUCUACGCUGAGGUCCAAAAGCACCAGAAAUCCCAAGAGUGCGUGGGCUCCGGGGGCUCCACCGCUCUGUCCCUACCCAGGGAGGACAGAGUCUGCGGCAGCGGCACCGAGGAUGGCGAGGAGGGCCUGAGCCGGUCCUACAGCAGCGGGGGCUCCACCUCCACCCUCAGCGACCUGGAUGACAUCGCGGCCCUGCCCGACCUGUUCGACCUGCCGCUGACCCCUGAGGAGGCCAGCGAGUACUGCAGCCUGGAGCUGCUCGGAGGAGCCAGCACGGGGAACACCUCCAACUCCUCGUCGUCCUCUUCAUCCUCCUCCUCCCUAUCCAAUCAGAAUUCCCCGCAGCAGACAGUGCUGGACUCGGCAGACACCAACGGGAUCCAGUUCUUGCACACACAUCCGCUGCUGGGUCACAGACGCACGCUGCUGGACCACCUGCCCGAUGACUGCUCAGUAACAGACCUAGAGCACAUCACUCAGAGCAUUGUUAAGUCUCACUUGGAAACGUGUCAGUACAGCAUUGAGGACAUGAAGAGAUUCACCUGGGUGCAGUACACACCUGAGGAAACACGGACUUUUCAGAACAAGUCUGCUGAGUGGAUGUGGCAGCAGUGCGCCCAUCACAUCACUAAUGCCAUCCAGUACGUGGUGGAGUUCGCCAAGCGCAUUGCAGGUUUCAUGGACCUGUGCCAGAACGACCAGAUUAUACUGCUGAAAGCAGGCUGUCUCGAGGUCCUGCUUAUACGUAUGUGCCGCGCCUUCAACAGCAACAACAACACUAUUUUCUUCAAUGGAAAAUUUGCCCCAGCUCACUUCUUCAAAGCACUUGGCUGUGAUGACCUGGUCAACGCAGUAUUUGAGCUGGGGAAAGGACUCGGCCGUUUGCAGCUGUCUGACGAGGAGAUGGCCCUCUUUAGUGCCGCUGUCCUUCUCUCACCUGAUCGACCCUGGCUGACCGAAGGCCAGAAGGUUCAGAAACUCCAAGAGAAAGUCUACCUAGCCCUGCAGCACAGUCUACAGAAGAGCACUGCCUCUGAUGAGAAACUCGACAAGAUGCUGUCUAAGCUGCCUGUUAUGAAGUCUAUCUGCAACCUCCACAUUGACAAGCUGGAGUUUUUCCGUUUGGUCCACCCAGAAACCGCCUACAGCUUUCCACCGCUGUAUCGGGAAGUUUUUGGCAGCGAGAUGUCUCUGCCAGAUUCCACAAACAGCUAAACAGACUGAUAGACAAACAAGAGGGAUGGAGAGUGAGGGGGAGCAAAAGGAGAGACAGAGAAAGUUAGAGAUUAUUAAGACUAAUAACCAGCAGUUAAGAGACAAUCCAGGACUUUAAAUACUCCGUCUCCCAAAGUAGUCCUCCACUAUCCCAGCAGGCAAAGCACCUUACACUACAGACCACACAAGCUCAUGGUCCUGCAUAUUGUAGCAUUGACAACACUCAGGUGGGCAUUGUUAUAAUAUCACCAGAGCCCACCUAGCAUGUAAAAGCUCCAAGCUCUAAAACAUGUUCGACAUCUGAUCCAGUGGGGAUCACCUAGCCAGUUAUGAAUGUACCUCAUUAAUUAGCACCAGUGCACAAGCAAGAACCAAGCAACAGUGAAUGUAACCCGCCACCACUCUGAGGCAGUUUUUCACACACAAUUAGCAUGACGUUGAUCAACAGGGUUCACUCUUAAUAAAGUUCUGAAUAAUUACUCUUCUGUAUUCUUGCAUCCCGGUGUGGUGCACAUGCAGAUUCAUACAGAAAGCAUCCUUUUACUUACCCAUCCCUUAGGGACCAAGAUCGCAGUUCAGAGUUUUUCUCUGACAUGAAAAGAAAACCCAUGCAACUCACAUCUUAGAGUGAACAAAGUCCUCACAAAAAAACAACUGCACACACAAUAAAAGUAGACAGUGUUCGGUGCUGCCUUUACACAGGCUCUUGUAAUGCAAUGAGAAACCUCAGUCCCACACACCCCUUUCCUUGCAAAUGCCACUUAGAGACAGGACAAGAUGAAAUUAUCUUUAAUUUAUAUACACAUUUAUAAACAGAAUAUUUUAAAUAAGAAUGUAAAUAGAUGACUAUAUAAAUAUAUGUUGAGAGUAAGAGUGUGUGAGGGAGAGAAAAAAGGAUGGUUGGAUGGUUUAGGCACAAACGAUGUGAGGAAGGCUGAUAUUUGGACUCAGAUCUUUGUUGUUGUUUCUUUUUUUCCUGGAUGAUUUAUCCAUUCUUGACAGUACUCUCAGGUUUCCAUGGCAACAAACCCCCUCUUUGCCCAAUGUUGCCAUCCCGCAAGUGACAGGGUGGACGUUGUUGCAGAUGCAACACAGCAGGAUGGGGGCAGCGUACUGGAAAAAAAAAAAACCCAAAGCAUCGCCUUGCAUUUUGAACUGUUAGCUUUCAGUCCGCACUGCUGCUGCUUCCCCGCCCCCCUCCCCCUGCACUUCAAGAGACAGGAGGACAAACAGGACACGAGGAAAAAGAGAGCAAGGCGAAAGAUAACUUCAACAACUGUACAAUGACUGUGUUGCUCUACUUGUUUUAACCAGCAGCUAGUGGGAUAGGACUACAGUACCAUGACUGUGAUGCACUCACAAUGUUUCAGUUGGCUAAAGUCUGAGAUUAGCUUGGUCCAUUUGUAUCAUAAAUUCUCUCUGCUGGUUGAUGCAACUGUAUUAUUUUGUACAUUUGGUGUUUCUCUCUCCUUUAGUCCUAAAUCCGACACUUGUCCAAAAUACCAAGCACUUAUACUUUACUCUUUCUCACUUGACACUAAGCGAAGGCUAGACAGAGCUACCAGCUGCCCCCCUGAGUUGGGCUUUAAUGCUUCAGUAAGACUUCAGUCCGUCGGUUUUAUUGGUUCUGUUUUAUUGUCCACAUCUGUCACACAAGUCAUCCAUAACUGUUUACAUUUUUCAUGCACACAAAUAUCAAAAUGUUCUGAAGGUCAUUAUAGCAUUAAGAUGACGAGCGCGUCUUACUUUGGGGUGCUGUGUCAUUUUUUAGCAGGGUCUUAGGACCUGCUGCCUGAUGCUCAGGGAGCUAGCUGUGAUCUUCUGUCCCUUUAUUAUAAGUGUCAUCCUUUAGCCUUGUGCUCCUCACACCUUUGCACCUAAGACCCAUAACCAUAAUCACUGUGGACUUAAGUUCUAUUUUUGUGAAUGUUACUCACAAAGUGUCAACGCCCUUCCUGUUUUGUCCUAAUAUUGUAACAUUCAAUUUUAAGAUGCAUAGAGUUUAAAAAACAAAACAAAAAAAUCAGUUAGAGUUAAAAGUUGAAUUCGUUAUUGGGAUUUAUUGUUUCUUUGCUGUGAUGUUCAUUUACUCGUCCGUCUUUUAUCCACAUUUUUCUUCACGUCUCCACUUUUUGUCUUGUAAAGUCAGUGAUUUGUUUGUUUUUUUAAUUGAAGAAAGAUUAGGAUAAAUGCAAACAAACAGAAAAAUUGUUAUGACUCCCUACUCUUUCCCUGUUUGACAAAAUGUACAAGAGGUAUAUUACUAGUCCAACUGAGUCACAAAGCUUGAUAUAUAUUGAUGUCCAAUGGGAUACAUUAUAUGUGGUUUUAAGAAUGUAAUAAAUGGU